UGUACAGUGUCUUCUUCUCUCUCUCUCUCUCUCUCACUUCUGCACUGUACCAUAUUAUUUUAUUUUUCAUUGAAAAUUGCAAACCAUUUUAACUAUAUUUUUCCUUUCUCUCCAUCUUGGGUUUUGAGCACGAUUCAAUUUUAUUACCAGAUUUUCUUUUGUCAUUUUUGUACAAAAGACAUAAAGUAACACUCAUGAUGAGAGUUUCAGCGAUCUGUUGUUACUAAUUUGCUAUAAAUUCACUGUAUUUCUUUUAUUAAUGAUUUCUUUUCUUCUUUUUUUUCUUUUUAAAUAUUUCAUCAAAACCAUUUAUGACUCCAUUUAUUGCUUUUGCUCUUAUUGUUAAACCUUUUGAUUUUUUCAACCCUUUCUCUCUCUGAUUGUUGUACAGUUGUUUAGGGUUUUAUUAAAGGAAAAAACCUUAUUCCUUGUUUCCAAUUCUGAGGCGGUUGGGGUUCGACAUUGUCUUUAAAUGGCUUGAUUUCUUACUUUUGCUGUGAUCUGCACUUGAAGAGUUUGGAGCUGAUGGGGUCACUUGGGUUUUAGAUCGCUGGUUUUUUAAGCAAGCAGUUUAGAUUCUGGAAAGUUUGUUGAGAUCUUUGGGGAAUCUAGCUUAUCUGAUUCUGCUUGGAACAUUUUGACCUGAGGAUCUAACUUUGGUGCGUUUUAAGAUUUGAGAUAAUAGAAGAUACGCAAAAAGUCCUGGAAUCAGAACGUUUUUAUCCAUCGGAAGCUUCUCUAUUUCUUGUGUGAUUUUGAAGAAAGAAGAGGUUAGCGGUUUGUUGAAGAUGGAUUUCUUUAAAGCUAAGAAGUUUAGGAAAGCCCACAAACCAGGCCCGGAAAAGGAUUUAGAAGAUAAGCCUGUGCCGCAUCCAGAGGAGCCAAGGAAUGAGAAUGGUGGAGGUGGUGAAAGUGUAACUAGCAAAUCAGCCAACACUGAUCCUGCAGCUGAAGCUGAGGAUGACGAUGACGAUUUUAUAACCAAUGAGGUAAAGAGGAGGUUGAAAGAACUGAGAAGGAACAGUUUUAUGGUAUUGAUUCCUGAAGAAGAGUCAUGUGCAGAAGAGGAGGAAGAUGAAGAGGGUGAAGGUGAAGGUGAGACAAGCCCGAAUGAGUGGAGGGAUGUCGAAGCAGAAGGAAGGCAAUGGUGGGGUGGGUUUGAUGCUCUGUAUGACCAGUACUGUGAGCGGAUGUUAUUCUUUGAUCGGAUGAGUGUUCAGCAGCUCGCUGAAUCUGGCUGCUACACUCCCACAACUCCCUCCCCAAGGUCUGCAUCCAAAAAGCUGGCAUCCCCCUUCCGCUGCCUCUCUCUGAAAAAGAUAGAAGAACCUGAAGAUGAAACUGAGCAUCUGCAGCAGGUACAGAAUGACCCAUAUCAAGAUAUUGAAACUGCAUAUGUUGCUCAACUUUGCUUAACUUGGGAGGUGCUUCACUGCCAAUACACUCAAAUGAGUCAGAAAAUCACUUGCCAACCUGAAAACCCUGCCUGUUUCAAUUACAGUGCCCAGCUGUUUCAGCAAUUCCAAGUUUUAUUGCAAAGGUUUAUUGAAAAUGAGCCUUUUGAGCAGGGUCUCAGAGCAGAAAUAUAUGCUCGUGCAAGGAAUGCCUUGCCUAAACUGCUCCAAGUUCCAAAUGCAAAAGGUUUGGAUAAAAAGGAUACAGAAGAAACAGAAUCUGAUUAUGUGGUCCUUGCCCCUGAUCUUCUCAAGAUAAUUGAGAGUUCGAUCCUUAAUUUUCACCUUUUCCUGAAGAUGGACAAGAAAAAACAAAGUAAUGUCCGUAACUUGUUUGGAAAUCAGAACCAGAUCGCCACCCCUCUUCAACUAAUUCAAUCUUCGCUUGAGAAGAAAAGGAUAAAACUUAAGGAUCUGUGCAAGAAGAGUAAAGGAUGGAAAAAGAAAUGUUGGCCUCAAAGCUACGAGAACGUUCAACUGUUGUUUAGCCUCAUUGAUAUCAAAAUCUUAUCCAGGGUUAUCGGGAUGGUAAGAAUAAGUAAAGAGCAGUUGCUUUGGUGUGAAGAAAAGAUGAAAAAGAUAAACUUGCCAAAUGGGAAGCUGCAGAGAGACCCCCGCCCCAUCCUUUUCCCUUGUUAAUAGCUGUAAGGGAAAGACGAGGGAAACAAAUCUGUUAGUUGGUUAGCAGCAGAAAGCCCCUAUUUCAUGUUCAGAUCAGUAGAUAGCAUGUAGUUUGCUUGUGGUAAUGGUACCUUGAUCAGACUACUUGCUAUCUACGGAUCUGCACAGGUUUUUUUCCCCUCCAGAUAUGUUAUGCAGAAGGGGAUUUCUGUAAUCUCUUGCACUUGUUAAUCUGAAGAUUGAAACGGUCAAGAAGGUAGAAGUGAUGUUGCAUCGGCUUUAGCCAUAUUGGAGUGCAGAUUAGCACUCUAUUUUGUGAUUAAAAAUUGCUGUCCUUUGAGUUUA